CUGUCAGUACUCAGUUUCUCUUUGCCGUCAACAUGGCGCUCAACUUAGUUGUUAAAAUUCAUCCUGUUGUUUUGUUUCAAAUUGUCGACGCAUAUGAACGGCGAAAUGCAGAUUCACACCGAGUUAUCGGCACGUUACUGGGUACGUCAGACAAGGGGGUGGUGGAAGUGACAAACUGCUUCUGCGUGCCACACAAGGAACAUGCCGACCAGGUGGAGGCUGAACUCAACUACGCCAUGGACGUGUAUGAGCUGAACAGGAGAGUGAAUGCAUCAGAGAGCAUAGUCGGUUGGUGGGCAACGGGCAACGAGGUGACAAACCACUCAUCCGUCAUCCACGAGUACUACGCCCGCGAGUGCCGCUCGCCGGUGCACGUGACCCUGGACACGUCGCUGGCGGGCGCGCGCAUGGGGCUCCGCGCGUACGUGUGUGUCGCGCUCGGCGUGCCGCGCGGCAAGCAGGGCUGCAUGUUCACCCCCAUCGACGUCUCGCUCAUCAGCUAUGAUCCCGAGGUGGUGGGGCUCCAGCUGUGCCAGAAGACGAUGGGCGGGGGCGGGCGGUCGCGGCAGGUGCAGCCCAUGAUGGACCUGGCGCAGGUGGCCGAGGCCGCCUCCAAGCUGUCCGCCCUGCUCGAGCAGCUGCUGCAGUAUGUUGAGGAGGUGUUAGCGGGGCGGUCGACGGCGCGGCCGGCGGCGGGUCGCGAGCUGCUGCAGCUGGUGGCGGCGGCGCCGGCGCUCGCCUCAGACACAUUCGUCGACGCCUUCACCUCCAACAUCAAGGACCUGCUCAUGGUGGUGACCCUCGCACAACUGAUCAAGACUCAACUCCAGCUCAACGAGAAGUUGACGCUGCUGACGUCACAGUAACACCUGAGUUUCAGUAACACAUGGCGUCACAGCAACAUCUGGCGUCAUGCAACACCUGACGUCACAGUAACGCGUGACGUCACAGCAAGAUCUGACGUGACAGUAACGCGCGAUGUCAUGUCACCCGCCCCACUGUACAGCUAUACCGGUCUCAAUACAUUCAACACAAUAUAAA